UUGUAAUUGGAUAUGAUCAUGCCUUAAGAGACUGGAGAUGGACAAUCAGUUAUGAGACGUGUCCUGCCAGACUUUUAUACCCUACCACUCGAGUCAGUAGAGAGUCCAAUGCUACCUUGGUUAUCUCUAAUGUCACUACUGCUGAUAGUGAAAUAUACGAGAUGAAUUUAUUAUUGAAGGCUUUACCGCUAAUAUCAAGUGAAAUUCAACUUGUUGUUACAACGCGGCCACAAUUCACCAGCCAAUUUCAAGCAAACAAUAUAGUGCUUGAGGGAGGAGAUCUGCGUAUUAGUUGUUCUGCAAUUGGAAAUCCAACUCCAAACAUCAAUUGGGUGUUACUGAAAAACCAAGCCAAGGAAAUAAAAAGCCAAGGAGUAGGUUUCGCUGACCUCGUUAUCCAGAACAUUACAAGACAUCAAAAUGGGACGUAUCAGUGCCAGGCAACCAACAACCCAAAUGAUUAUCCCGUGAAGACUAAAACACAAGUCACUGUAUGGUACAUACCUAAUAUAACGUUUCUAAACUGGACUGUCGACGAAAAGACCAUCCUACUUUGCCAAGCAAGUGGACAACCACGCCCCUUAUUCAAGUGGUAUUAUGCUGAUGGAACGCAAGUUGAAUCUGGUGUCACAGAAAUAACAAGCGGCAUCAGAAUGGUUCUCAAAAUACCAGAUAGCAACUCUGGUUUAUAUGGAAUGUACAGGUGUAACGCAACAAAUGAAGAGGGCUGGAAUGUGGGUUACCUCAACAUUACCCGAAUACACCUUCCAACAGCAAAAACAGCAACCGACAACGGUGUUACAGUUACUUUGAAACGCGGUAUCAAAAAAGAAGUUGCUCCAACCAUUGCAUCGUUAGGAACAACACCUAACUGUAUUCACGCAUUGCCAUCAUCGCACCCUUUUUACCAAGUGACAAAGAAAUUGACAACAGUACGCCUCCUAAAAACAAUCAAAGCAAUGACGGAUAAACAAAACAGCAGCAAGAGCAACAACAGUAACAAUAUAUUUUAUGCUAAGACAAUGCUAUUACCAUGAACUCAACGAGAAGUCAUCGGGAAGUCGAGCUCGUUUGAUGAGGAAACAUGUUCAGGUGAAAAGGAGAUCAAAUAGCCGUUUACGGUAGCGCAUAAAAAUGGAAAUUGUUCGGGGAACGACGUCGUAAGCGAUACACGCUCUUCCGUUGUAAUUAAUUCUGAUUGCUUAGUUCCGUUAUUCCUGAWAAGGUAUAUAGUAACACGCUGUCUGAUGUCAAUGAUAACUAAUGAACAAUACCGCAACAUAAAAAAAUGUCAUUAACCUGCUUCUUUUUAUGUCAUUCUUCCACUUAAAUGGUAUCGAUGGAAUCGAACAAAUCGAAUGAUUUUUUAAAUGUUGAAAAUAUAGCUGCAAUAAAAAUAAUAAUCUGAAAAUGGAUGAUUUUUAUUGCUACCUCUG